AUGGUGCGCUUGAAGAGUAGAUACAUCCUUUUUGAAAUUCUGUUUCCCCCUACAAACAGCAAUGUCGAGGAAACCAUGUCGAAGGUAGACCUAUUGCUUUCGCAUCAUAGGGCAUCGCCGGCGGAUGUGUCCAUAAAGUCGAUAGUGCAAGAAAUACGACGCUCGCUAUCUUUGAAUCUGGGUGAUUAUGGUUCUGCUAAGUGUAGCUCUCUUUUACAGGUGAAAUACUUCUCGAAUAGGACGUCUACGGGGAUAAUACGAUGUCAUCGAGAGGAUUGCGACCUUGUUAUCAUGACAUUGAUGCUGAUGUCAAAAAUUGGCGAUGUUGGUGAACUGAUCGUGAACCCCGUCAAGGUAAGUGGGACUAUUAAGAAAAUAGAGCAAUUUGCCAUGAGAAGAAACUCUAAAAUUUUGAAUCUAAUUAAGAGUGGUCAAUCAUCACGAUUCGGCGAUAACGAUUUUGCUGUUAACGACUUGAGGAAUAUAGAUAAUACAAACGAGAACGAGAUCGAAAACGAGAACGAUUAG